AAGAUUAAGAUACAGUGACAAGAAAGCUACGACAACAAGAAGAACAAGUGAAGCAGAAGGUGUGAAGUAAGAGGAAGGAGAAGGAAACCCCACCACCCAACUCUCUCUCUCUGUUCAUCUUCCUCAGAAGCAAAGAACAUCACUCCAAAAGCCGAACAGCUGUUUUUCUUAUUCAAACUUUAAAAUCCAAGAACUGAAAGGAGGAAGAAGAAGAGAUGGGGAUUCUGCACGAUGAUGUGGUGAUCAUCAAGCAGGCGGAGAAAGAAGGGGACCCAAGUGUAAUUACAAUCAAUUGUCCGGACAAGACUGGCUUGGGUUGUGACUUGUGUCGCAUCAUUCUCUUCUUUGGUCUUAGCAUUGUCCGGGGAGAUGUAUCGACGGAUGGGAAAUGGUGCUUCUUAGUGUUUUGGGUGAUUGGGAGUCCAGAGACAAGGUGGGGUUUGUUGAAGAAGAGGCUAGUGGGGACCUGCCCUUCUUGUUCUUCGGCUUCUGGGAUUUCGUUCUACCGCUCCGAAUUGCAGCCCCCAAAGCCUCCUGAUGUGUUCCUUCUCAAGUUCUGUUGCUACAAUCGACGAGGACUUUUGCAUGAUGUGACGGGUGUCCUCUGUGAACUUGAGCUGACGAUAAAGAAAGUUAAGGUAUCCACAACUCCAGAUGAGAAAGUGAUGGACCUGUUUUUCGUCACAGACACCAGGGAACUUAUGCAUACAAAUAAGAGAAAGGAGGAGGUAUAUGACUACUUAAAAGAAGUCACGGGGGACGCCAUGAUAAGUUGUGGAAUUGAAAUGGUUGGCCCUGAGAUUACUGCAUGUUCGCAGGCGUCUUCAUUUCUUCCAACUGCAAUUACAGAAGACAUGUUUGAUUUGGAAAUGCCCAAAGAACUCCGAAGUGGAUCACUCACUUCCAAAAGUGUUUCUGUGACUAUGGACAACACGCUCAGUCCUGGUCACACGCUGGUCCAAAUCAGUUGCAUAGACCACAAAGGUCUUCUUUAUGAUAUAAUGAGAACGCUAAAGGAUUACAAUAUUCAGAUCUCUUAUGGGCGCUUCUCUAUACAACAAAAAAGGCACUGUGAGAUUGACUUGUUCGUCAUGCAAGCUGAUGGAAAGAAGAUAGUUGACCCCAGCAAGCAGACUGCAUUGACAUCCCGUUUGCAGCUGGAACUGAUUCGUCCUCUCAGAGUAGCUAUUGUUAACCGCGGUCCGGACACAGAGCUCCUUGUUGCAAACCCUGUGGAACUAUCUGGCAAGGGCCGGCCUCUUGUUUUUUAUGAUAUCACCCUUGCUUUCAAGAUGCUGGACGUUGGUGUCUUUUCGGCUAAGAUUGGACGGCAUCUGAUUGCAGAUAGGGAAUGGGAAGUUUAUAGAGUCUUAAUUGACGAAGGAGUUGGCUUGUCAGUUCCAAGGAGCACGAUUGAGGAACAAGUUUGGAAGAUGCUGAUGGGUUGGGAUUGAUAACAAAUGCGAAUGCUAUAUUUCUUGGAUGCUUGUGCGUUUCUGCACAGCACUAUUCGCCUGGUCGCCACAUCCCUAAAUACGAUAGAUGGGAUAUAUGCAGUUAAAAGCCCAAGCGGGUUGCAUAUCGUAUAUUACGGCUUCUGCGUACAAACUCUGUACAGUAAGAACUCGAAGAAAUGAGUAGUCAGAACUCGGAAGACGGAGGGGAGAGUAGAGCUCUCGUCAUGGCACCUGCAUAUUGUUGUAAAAAGGUAGAUAACAGAUAGGGUGCCAUCUCUUUCAUGUUGUAUUAUAGUUGAAGAAGUAAGGUUCUCGUGAUGGAUGGAUGUGGUUUGGUCAGUUGGAUCAACACUUCCAGGCAGCCUAUCUUUUUAUGUUUUUUGUAUGUACCUCUGUAGGCUCGAGUUUACUUAUAAUUAGAAAUUAAAGAAUAACUAUUUGCCAUUGCCAA